CUAAUGUAAUCUAACCCAACCUAUACAUUCAUAGUUUACAGUGCAAUUAUAAGAAUUUUUGAAAAAUUAUGUAGGAUCAUUAAGGUGCCCUCAUCAGUCACCACUGCGUGUACCGGCUAGGUACGGCAUUGGCAGCAAGCUGUGACGUCAGCUGACGUAUGCGCAUAAAGCUCUCGCGUGAGAUAAAAUUUCACGACUGCCCAACACUGAUACUUGUCUAUGUGUGUACUAUAACGGAUAAUGAGGAUCGCUUCCCCUUUACCGCCAUUUUCCCCAAAUUUGUUCUCAAGUCUACCAAAUAAAUAAACAUUACCCUAAUUGGAGUGUAAAUCACUGUGUGAACAGAUAGAAAUGUUAGAGGAUCAAGAAAAAUUAAAAAUAUCCAAAAAACCUAUCCUUUCUAUUGUCCUCUUUAUCUAUAUUAUAUCGUAGUAAAUUUAUAUUAUAACACGUUGUAAGACUGAAAUAGGUUUCCCCGAAUAUCGUCCUCCUAUCUCGAAUCGGCUGCCACCAUAAAGCUCAAGGCGCAAAAGAUACCAACACGAAUUACCAACCAUAUAUUUUACCGAUUUAGUCGCCAUUUUCAUCGCCAUAUCUGUAACUAACUUCACGUGUCUCAUGUGUUUCUGUUUGCGCGAAAAACGUGUAAAACGGAACGGAAUAAACGUGAAUUAUAAAGAAAUUUUGUGAAGAUAAGAUUGUAUAAAAUAUUAUUAUAAAACAUGAAAGUGAUUGUUAUAACUGUGUAGUCAUAUUUUAUAGGCUAAAAAGCUAAAAAGGGUUAGGAAAUGGCAGAAAUUUCUAAUUCCACUGUGUUUACAAACGAUGCAUCUUCUACUGGUGCUUCCGAUCUUCUUCAACAAGCGUUCCAACAAGUUGUUGAUGAUGAUGAUCAUGAUAAUGAGUUUGUCGCAUUCUUACACAAUGACGACAAUGAUUCACAAACAAUUCACUUGACUCCGGAACAAGCAGCGGCCUUAGGAUUAACCUUUGAGGUAAACUCAGGCGAGGAGGUUAUGUAUCAACAGGAUCAAGAUAAUGCUACUUCAAACAUACAACAAAAUGUUUCAACAAAGGAUAGUAUUAAUGUACAGGAUCAAAAUUCGUUAUCUUCCCAAGAUUCUAUGACAAUUGAUCAGUUAAAUUAUCAACCCGAAGAAGUACAGAAGUCUAAUGAUAAUGAUUUCAUUAAAACAGAAUGUAUCGAUUUUCAAGAGUGGCAUAUGCAUAAAGUACCUCAAAAUGAACACCUUCAGGAUCAAGUAAUUAAGAAUGAUUUAUCAUUAGAAGAAAUAAAUUUAAAUGAUCAAAAUCACGAAACUCAACAAAUGAUCGAACAUCAAAAUAAUAUGAUUCAACAGAAUUCAGGUACACAGACAAUAAUUUUGGAACAGUCUAAAGUACAUGCCAUAAAAACAGAUGUUGCUCAUGUUAAAAACAUUCAUGAAAAUGAUUUACAAUAUACCAUUGAAGAUAGCAUAGCACAAAAUCAACUUAAUACGAUACCUAAUUCUCAGGCGCAAAUCUUACAGAAACUACCUGUGAUCUUGCCAUCUUCGCAAUUUAUUAUAAAACCCGCACAAACUAUACUGAAACCAGCUAAGAAUAUUAGAUUAUUUCAAGGUUCAAAUAAACUUAAUGCUACUGCGAAUCCUAUGAAUACCGUACAUUCGCUUAAUACUACUUCCAAUCCUAAUUCUGUGUUACUUUCAAAGACUACAAUAUUGAAUAAUUUGUCACCACAAAUAAUAAAAGCUACUCCUAUAACCCAGUUAUUAAAUACUAGUGGUAUAUCUGCGCAACUUUUAAGUACUUCGCAAAUAAUAACAGGUGCUUGUGAAAUACAGAACCAAUCUAUCAGCACACCACAUAUUGCUAACACUAUAGUAAAUACUACAUCUGGGACAACACAGAAUCUUGUUACUCCACAAAUACGUUUAUCCCCGAUUGUAAAAACAUCGCAAUCUCUUCAAAGGGGAAAUGUUCAACAAUUUUUAACUCCAGUGCUAAAAAGUGCAUCAAAUAUGCUUCCAAAGACAAAUCAAAUUUUGAACAAUACAAGUGUAGCAACAGCUAUUCCUGCACAAUUCUUGAAAUCGGUACAAAUUCAUCCACAAUUAAUUAAAGCAAAAACCACGAUUAAUAAAAAAUCUGCACUAGCAAGUGGAAUGUCAAAAACUACAGUUAAUUCUAAUGCACCAGUUGUACUUCGUACUGCAUCAAUUGUUAAAAGUCAAGACUUGAAAACAGCAACAACAAGUUCUACAUCUAUUUUGAAACCAACUCAAAUUUCCUCAACACCUAUAUCUAUUUUAAAACCUCAAGCAAAAAUUGCAUUUAAUAAUACAACUAAACAAAAUGCAACUGUUGCAUGUCAAAAUGAUACUAACAUUUUAAAUAACUCAAUGAAUAUUUCACCGAAAUCAUCUAUUAUACAACAAACUGGUGCAGUUGAAUCUAGUAAACCAAUACAGAAUGAAGCAAUUAAACAGAAACUUAAUCUCAUAGUAAAUGGUACAAAUCUUAAAAUGAAUAAAAAAGUUAAAAAUACACCAAUUAAGUCAACGGUACUAAGUGAAUCUACAGACACAUCUAAACCAUUGGGAUCUAGCGAGAAUCCAAUACAAAUAGUUCAGCAAGGGCAGACAUUUCACAGUAUGCAACGCUUGACACCAACACAGUUGAAGCAAAUUGCACAUGUAUUGCAACAACGUAGUCAAGAAGCAGUUGCUUCAAAUGAAAGAGUUGUGUAUAGGGUUGUUUUUCCUGAAGAAUUGGAUUUGAGAAUUAGAAAUCCGAGUAAUUUAUUAAAAAGCCGUGGCGGGAAAAGAGGUAGACCAAAAAAGAGUGCUAUCAGACCCUCAUCACUUCCACCUAAACCACCACCAAUUCCUGAUGAAGAACAAGAAGAAAUGAAGGAUGAAAGGAAAAAGGUUGUAGCCAGAACACGGUCUGGCAGACUUUCUCGACCACCAAGACAUAUGGUACGAGAUUACAAACAUUUACACCAUUUGGAUUUUUUACAACCUGAUUUAGACGAUUCAGAUGGUGGUUAUAGUGAUUAUAAUACUAAUAAUGAUAAACUCGAUGAAGAAGAAUCUCCUAAAGAAUUAUUAACUGGACUAGAAGUACCAAAAAGGAAAAUAUCAGAUCAUUUCAGAUGUCCUACGUGCAAUAAAAUAUAUUUAGGACGUACUCGCAUGGCAAGGCACUUCGAAAUGCAUCCUGAUCAUGGUAGUCCUGAACAAUUACCUCCUCCAACGCCUGAACCUGAAUUGAAACAAAAUGGUGGGCAAGAUCCUUUAAAACGUAAGGGGAAAAAACGGGGUCCUUGGGCGUACGUUACACCAGAAGCUAAGUCAGAAAGACGUCAAAUAAAAUUAAGAGAAGCAAUUUCUGUAUGCGAAGAUCUCGAAAUAAUAAAAAUAGCUGCAAAGCCAGUACUUAAUGCACAAUCAUUAUUUGAUUUGUUAGUACUAAAGUCGGAAAAUAAUGUACGAAAUUUCUUGGACGAAUUAAAACAAUUAAUGGACAAAAUACGAGAAAAAGCUGGGACAAUGUUAACGACUGCAAAUAGCGAUGAAGAAUCAAAUAAGGAUUUAAUAGACAUCAGUGAAGAAUCUCUUUGCGAUGCUUUGGGUGUUAAUCCUGGUCUAUAUAAAAUUAAUAACGAAGCGUUAAAGAAAAUUGACACUCCUAUUUGCAGCACGUACGAUAAUCGGGAACCUCCUCUCAAGUUGCAAAAAAUUGACAAUUCUGAGGAUGGUAAAGAAAACCUGGAAGAACGAAUGUCUAGUGGAUUUUCUGAAAGUUCAGAUCUCAGUGUUUCAGACUUUUUAACCGACAGAAGAAGCGAUCCCGUAACAAAUCCUACUUGUCCAGAAGUAUUAUCAGCUUUAACUCUGAUGAGAAGAAAUCCCAGUCCUGUGAAUAAUGCAGAAAAUAAUAAAUCUAACGUCUCGAAACUUUUAAUCUCAAGUCCAGAGAUUCAAAAUCAAAUUUCAGAUAAUCCUGGUUUUCAAAAAGUGGAUAUUAAUUCACCAAAAGUUUCAACCUAUCAAAAAUCAGAGACUCAUAAAGAAAGUUUCACAAAAUUAGGGAACAGUUUAGGAUCAUCAAACUUCUGUAAGGUGGAAGAUAAUUAUGAAGAAUCUAAGUUAGAACAUAUAGAACAAGCUUUCAUUAAGUUAGAACCAACGGAACAGGGUUUUGUUAAGUUAGAAAACGGUGCUAUGGGAACCUAUCCAAAACAAGAUACCCCAAAUUUUGAAAAAAUGCAAAGUGAUUUAAAUAGUAUAGAAAAUAGUACACAGAACUUGGCAAAAGGGUUUCAAAAAUUAGUUUCUAAAAUAAUUCCUAUGACUUCAUCAGAUAUAAAUUGCGUGAAAACUCAAUCUGUACCAUUAGAUACAAGUUCUAAAAUAAUGCCUGCUACAUCUAGUUGCAAAAUUUCGGACAACCUACCUAUACUUCAAGAUACAGUACCAAUAAUUUCAAAUAAUUGUGAUACUAGUAUAUUUGGCAGUUCAGAAAAUUUAGACAUGUCGAAAAUGGCUCAGUAUGACCAUAUUACACAUUUAGAUAUUUUAAGUACAAGUGGUGUAAUAGACAAGAAUUUAUUGAUUGAUGAAAAAUUAGUUGAACAAUUGCAUCUGGUGGAUCAGUCAAAUUUAGUCGAUGAACUAGUAUCGGAACGACUAAAAAAUAUUAUGCCAGAUAAUAUUUUAGAAAAUAAUUUGAUACCAAAUAAUUCAAAUUUAGAUACUGAUCUUGAUUUUGAAGCAUUGAGUGAAGAAUUUAAUAGAAAUACCAGAAGUUGAUUCUUGGAUAAUUUCCAGCAAAAUGUUCCUAAACAAAUUCAAAUAAUAUGUAUAGUGUAUAAUAAUGUUAAACUUAUACAAUUGAAAUUGUAUAUGUAUACAUAUAAUUACACAGCAGUGUAGAUAUUUUUUAUAGAAUUUCUGACAGUAUCACAAUUAAUACACUUUAACUUCCAUAUUUGGACGAAAAAUAUCAAUACUAAAGUAAUAUAAUAUCUUAUUCUCACUUGUGUAUGUAAAUAAGACUGUUUCUAUUAUAUUUAUUGUGUAUAAUAUAUAUUCUGUAUUUAAAAAGUACAUAAAAAAAAUCAUUUUUAUUAGG